UCAGUUUACUACCUGUAGUUGUGUAGUGCAGUGUAGUCAUAUGCACGUUUAAAAAUUUAAUCUAAGUUUAUUACGUGAAACAUAAAAACACAAGAACAAAAAGUAAUAUACGAUCGGAUUCCUGGAAAAUAAUAUUCACUGAACGUAUUAAUGGUUAAGGCAACAAAAUACGUCGUCAAAAGACAUUUUCAAGGAGUUCCCAAAAAGGAUGACUUUGAACUUGUCGAAUAUGAAUUGCCGCAGCUGAAAACCGGUCAUUUCGUCGUGAAAGCGGAAUGGAUCAGUGUCGAACCUUAUUUUAGAGCCUACAACUAUGGUACACCAACUCCCUACGACCAGUUCGGCUAUCAAAUAGGUACAGUUACAGAGUCAAAGAACCCAGACUUUCCAGUUGACUGCAGGGUGGUUACUCAUAAGGGAUGGUGUGACUACAGCGUGGUUACCAAUUUAAAGGAAACCUUCAGUAAUGUUCAUAUAUUGCCAGAUUAUCAAGGUCUACCCAUUGAGUUGGCUUUGGGAGCUUUAGGCAUGUCUGGAGUCACUGCUUACUUUGGGUUUCUCGAAAUCUGUAAACCGAAAGCUGGCGAGACCGUGGUUGUAACAGGAGCAGCAGGUGCGGUGGGAUCUAUUGUAGGACAGAUUGCAAAGAUUAAAGGGUGCAGAGUUAUUGGAUUCACUGGCUCCGAUGACAAAGUGCAAUGGCUCGAGAAGGAACUAGGAUUCGACAAAGCUAUAAACUACAAGACUGCGGAUGUUAAUAAAGCUUUAAAAGACGCAGCUCCAAAAGGAGUGGAUUGUUAUUUUGACAAUGUAGGCGGGGAGCUGACUGCUGCUAUUUAUAAGCAUAUGAAUUUGUAUGGAAGAGUUUCUCUCUGUGGUUGCAUUAGUUCGUACAAUGAGGACCCAACCACGUAUAAGACAACAUCACUGCUGCCGCUAAUCUUAUUCAAACAGCUAAAAGUUGAGGGUUUUUUAGUAACCAGGUGGUUAGAACCAGAAGGCAGGGAGCCAGAAGCGAUCACUGCUCUAGCACAGUGGAUAAAACAAGGCAAGAUAAAAACAAGAAGUCAUGUAACUGAAGGGUUUGAUAAGCUAUAUGAUGCCUUUGUCGGUAUGCUCGCUGGAGAAAACACGGGAAAGGCUGUUGUAAAAGUUUGAUAAUAUGUUAUUAUUGCAACUGUUUAAAAAGUAAGUAUUGCAAACUAUUUGAAAUUUACUUGUUAUGGAAUAUGACUUGGUGCCUAUGAGAUUUAAAAAUGAUCAUAAAACAGAUUCAGAAAUCUGAGGCCAGGACCUAAAGAGGUUGUAGCGCCACUGAUUUAUUUUUUAUAUAGAUAAUGGUGUAUCGUUUCUAUAAGUAAGUAUUCAGUAUUUGUUUCAAGUCAUAAUUAUAUUCACGAUUGUUCUGACAUUACCUACAGAAGUGCCUAUUUAGAUGUCAUAAAGGUUAAGGUCAAUGCAGACUUCAGAAGAGAACGUAAAAAUAAAAUUUUAAAAUUUUACGUUCAUUGUUGUGUAACAACUUUAUCUUACUGAUUGUUAAUUCUAUCAGUCGAUUUUAAUAAAUUUGGCCUUGAAACAUAGAAUCUUAAGUACGCGUUUAUCACAAAUCAGUAAUUAAUAUCUAAUUAUUAUUAUGUAAAUUUAAAAAGAAACUAGUUUUAAUGUUUAAAAUAUUGAUAACAGCAAGAAAGAUGGUAAAGGCAAGAAAGUAUGUGGGAAAACAAUGUUUUCAAGGACUUCCAAAACGCGAAGAUGACGAAUUAGUUGAUGAUAUUUUACCAAUAAGAACGGGUUUUUUUUUUUAAUUUCAAUAGAUAAGUAUAGAUCGUUACCUUCAUGUCUACAACCCUUUCCUACAAGUGGCAUACGACCAGUUCAGUUCAUAAAUGAUAUUCAAAUGGAUAAAAAAAUACUAAAACAAAAUUAUAUCGUUUCAUUAAAAUUCGCUGCUUCGUCUCAUAUUGAGUUAAUUGGGUUAAUUAAACAUUAAAAUGGAGAGCUAAAUGCUUGAAUAAAAUUAUUUACAGAAAUGAGGGGCAUCUUCACGAAAUGUUCAAUGAAUUUUAAACAUUGUUUCGGAAUAGUCCAAGCCAGAAAAAUAAUUUCAAAUGAUUGUUGAAUAGUUAAAACCCUUUUAGUAAAUAAUUUAGUAAUUCACCUUGAGCAAUUAAUUGGUACUAAAUAGUUUAUUUAUUUUAUGCUUUUUAUGAAUUCAUUUUAUUUGUUAUUCGUUGGUAAUUUGUUUAGACUUAGAUUUUGUUAUGUUGGAAUCUAGAAAAAGGUGCUUAUAAUAUAGUACGUUUAAUAAAAUAUUGAUCGUGUGUAAUUUAUAAAUUACUAUACGCUUAUUGUCAUUAUUAGUUUCCGUUUUUGAGUAUUACUGUGAUUUUUCUUGUUUUAACUUUUUUGGGUUGUAUAAAUAUAUAGUCGAUGAGGAUCAAUAAUGUAAGUAUAAAUGCUUUCUAUGUAA